AUGGCUGGAAGCGAGGCAGACCGCUCUGCUGCGGUACUACGGCCCACGGCGGCGGCGGCACCACCGACGGAGGAGGAAGUCGCCAGUAUGCACCGCUUCAUCGACAACGCGCUGGAUCUGCUCGUCAAGGGCAAUGACAAGAGCUACCAGUUCCUGAUCCAGCAGCUGACGAUCGUACCAGCGCCCGUCACCACUCGUCGCAAGAUCUUUCGGGCGCUGCCGCGCUGUAUCUCGACAAUGGCGCGGGAGCCGCGCGCCUAUCGCGUGCUGCUGGACGUCCUGUUCAAGUUUGACCUGCUGGGGAGCGGAGACGUGCACGAAGUCGAGGACUACACGAGCUUUAUCGUGCACUUGGUGUCGUCCAACACGGUGUACGUCGUGCCGACGCUCCACAUGCUCGUGCGCAACAUGCGGCGACCUCAGGGCAAAGAGCUCCCGCCAGAGCUGCAAGCACUUGCCCAACAAGAGCAGAGAGAGAAACGAGCGGCCAAGAUAGUUGCUGCUGCUGGUGAUGGUGGUGGAAGUACUGCUGCAAACGCGUCUGUCAGGGUCACGACGACGCCAGUGAUUGUGACAGCGCCCGAGAGCAAGUGUCUGAGUCUAGAAGAACGCAUCCAGGCACGCUUUGAAACAGCGCACCACUUGCUCGAGCGCGUGCUCAAGCUGGUGCCCACAGCGACAAACGUACUGUUUCCUGUCUUGUGCGAGCACUUUCCGCACAAGCGACUGGAUGCUCCUACACAAGUAGCGUACUUGCGGAACAUGCUGCGCGUGACAGAGUAUGUCAGUGGGCUACGCGAGCGUGUGCUUGGACUGGUGAUCGAUCAGCUUGUGGCGAUAGACGUGGAGAUCAAGUUGGAUGACAGUGAAGAAGACGUGUUCACAAUGGACGAUUUUCUCGACGAUGAUAUGCUGCCGCCUGACGAUGCGUCGCGCCAAGUGGAUGAGAUGGCAGACAAACUCGAUCAAAUGAUGCUGAUCAUGUUCGAGCACAUUGAGCAGUCUGCUGCGUCUGUGGCGCCCACGUUGGCGUCCUCUGAAGCGACAGCUGUCACGGAUGCCAUCAGUGGCGAGCAAGACGUGGAUGUGCGCCAAGCCGCGCUAGUGUUCAAGCACCUUCUCAAGGUGUUUGAGCAUUCUAUCUUGAGCACUCAUCGGUCGAAGUAUCCGCAGUUUUUGGUUUUUUACGUGUGCCGCAUGGACCCGCAAUUCCAAGACGUGUUCAUUUCUCAACUCUUGGCCUCGUCGCUGGACCCACAAACACCGCCUAUCACACGUCAAAGCUGUGGCGCCUAUCUCGCUAGUUUUCUUGCCCGUGCCAAGUACAUUUCCGUCGCGUAUCUUCAGAAAGCUCUGUAUCACUUGUGCAAAUGGCUACAUGACCAGAUGGAUAUCUACGAUGCAAAGCACCAGGAGGAACAGGAAGAGCAAGAGGGAGGAAACGAGGCGAACGGCAGUGCUGCUGAGGAAGCAAAGCGGUUGUUAAAGGAGAGCGACGAAAUGGGAAUCGCCGGACAGCACGUCUUCCAAGAGAGUAUCUAUGUCUCCUCGCUGCAAACUGUGUGCUACAUGAUGUGCUUCAGAGGAUUAGAGAUUGCCGCUAGCGAAGGUAGUGCCGGCUACGAAUUUCUGCGCAGUCUUGGCUGGGAGCGACUGAUCGUUACAAGCAGUGGAUACUGUCCGUUGGCGUACUGCCAGCAGACAGUGGCCACGGAGUUUCUGAACCUGGUGGAGGCGUUCGAUUUAGUGUCGGAGGAGUGUCUCGCGCGUGUUGAUCAAACCAUUGGUGCCGUCUCUGCGUCAAGCAGCCAGACAACGAAGUCGAUGGAGCGUUUGAAGAAGCCGACCUCAGCAGGAUCAGCUCCUGCUUGUAUUGUGCUGGGUCAACGCCAGCCUCUCGAGACGUUUUUUCCGUUCGACCCUUACCUCUUGCGCCGCUCUUUUCGAUACGUUGGGCCGUUGUAUCUAUACUGGAAGCACGCUGAUCCGACGUCGAGUGAAAAUUGCGAGCUGUUGGAGUCUGUCAAGGCCACCGUCCGGCAACUGCAGCAGGAUGCAGAAGAGGAAGAUGAUGUCAGCGAAGCGGAAGAAGAUCUGAUCGACGAAGGCAUGAGCAUAGCUGGAAGCGCACCCAACCCGCUGGAUGUAUCGGAAGCGUCUUAUUGCGCCGAUAGCUACAUGGGCAGUCUCAGUCGGUCUCACAACAUGUCGGUAGGUUCGUCCAUCGACGAUGAAGGCUUUGUCGACGAGGAUCUCGCACCAACGAAACGGCCAUUGCCAUCCCGCACGUUGUUCGACCCGUCUCCGGCUCUUUCGGCUAGCUCACCUCCAUCGAGACUUCCGCCGCUAGGGUCUGCUGACGCUUUCACGCUUUGCGGUUUUGAUCACGACGAUGAGGAUAGCGGAUUCUAG